AUGUUUGAACUAUUUCAUGACAUAUAUAAAACUUUGUCUUGCUAUAAAACUAUACGAAAAGUAAAUAAUUUUGUACAUACCAAUAAAGAAAAGAUAAAUAAUGAAGAAUUAGAAGUUAUAAAUGAAAAUAAGUAUAUUUCUCAUACAUUAGCCUUUUUAACGGCAUUAGGUAUCCAAACAUCUUUCUAUAAGUUAAAACGAUUUAAAUUUUUUGCUUUUAGACCUUUCCUACCUUCAUUUCUUGGUGUAAUAACAUCUUGUUCUUUUUUAUAUCUUCAUACAUUGUAUCUAAGCCGUAAUACUAUUAGUAAAUUAAUUCAACUAAACUUAAAAAAGAUUAACGAAGAAGGAAUAUGUAUUUAUGUAGAUGAAAUAUAUAAAAAAGAAGAACCAGAUGAUUAUAUAUAUUUGAAAAAUAAAGUAUUUUAA